AUGGACGCCACAUCAGCUUGGGAACAUGGCCACAACAGAUUGGUAUCUUCUCUUCUGAAAUUGGUUGCAUACUUGCCAAAGGUCGCAUGACUCAGCAGCCAUGGACGCCACAUCUGCUUGGGAAUGUGGCCGCAACAGAUUGGUAUUUGUUGGAUGGCAACUCUAAGCUGCAUGCAUGUUCAUUGGGAGAAUCAUGAUGAAUCUUUGAUGAACACUGUCAAAGAUGAAAAGGCGAAUUCUUCGAUUCCCCGGGCUGUCAGGGAUUUUGUACUUCCAGCAGGUUUUCUAGUUUCUUGUAGGUUCCUGCAUAAGAGGUCAUUAUUGCAGAGUUGGAGACUGACACUAUGUUUAUCAGUACAUGCUAUUGGAAUUCCCAACAAACUUGACAGGAUGGAUCAGUCACACGUUGGUUACAUCAAGUCUUCUAAAGUUAGGCCAGCAACGGUAUAUCCGUAAAGAAUAGCGACAGCUAAAGGAAACCAUUCAGCAGGUAAGAAUGAGAUAGACUUUUCAGUGCCAGGCAACCAUUGCGCUGUAGAGAAGUGGAACAACAUUCAUGGUACUGCUAUUGUUAAUCGAAAGAACUUUCUUUUGUUAACAUGGUACCCACUAACGUGUGCAUAUGCAUUUUUCUCCUGUAGUCCUAGAGGGAUAAAGACACAUAUAAUUACGAUGG